GGAAGGCUGCGGAGCGGCAUGGCGGCAGCGGCGGCGGCGGCGGUGGGGCGGCGGCUCUGCAUCCUGAGGCUGCCUGCCCAGCAUGGUGCCCGGGGGUACCGAGCAGCACUCUGCACGCAGCUGACACAGCCCCUGCUGGUGCAGGACCUCCCGGCCCCUCGGCUGCAGCCACGCCAGGUCCGUGUGCGUGUCCAUUACUCCGGGUUAAAUUUUGCUGAUAUCUUGGCCUGCCAGGGGUUGUACCAGGAGAAACAUGCUCCUCCGUUCACCCCUGGAAUGGAGUUUUCAGGGACUGUAAUGGAGACAGGAGAGAACGUCAGUGCUGUGAAGGAGGGGCACAGGGUGAUUGGUGUGACUGGCAUCAGUGCUAUGGCAGAAGAGUGCGUUGUCGAUGAGAAGGCACUGUGGCAGAUCCCUGACAAUGUGUCCAGCGAGGAUGCAGCAGUGCUGCCUGUCGCCUAUGGCACAGCCUGGCUGGCUCUGCACCACCGAGCACAUCUGCAGCCACGGGAAACAGUGCUGGUGACAGCAGGAGCUGGAGCCACUGGCCUUGCCAUCAUUGAUCUGGCUGUCAGCGUGUUCCAGGCAAAGGUGAUAGCAGCAGCCGGCAGUGAUCCCAAGUGCCAGCUGGUCCUGGCAAAUGGGGCAAGCCAUGCAGUGAACUACAGCCAGAACAGUCUCAGGGAGCAGGUGACAGCACUCACGGGUGGCAGAGGGGUCGACGUGGCCAUUGAAGCUGUUGGUGGGGACAUCUUCAAGGCUGUCCUGCAGAGUUUGGCUUGGGAGGGCAGGAUUGUGGUGAUGGGUUUUGCCGGAGGGAAAAUCCCCUCAAUUCCUGCCAACCUGCUGCUCCUGAAGAACGUGUCAGCCAUGGGAGUGUACUGGAGUCGGUACCAGCAGGAGGACUUCCCUCUUUUCUCCUCUGCCAUGUCCUCCCUUCUUCAGUAUGGCCGGGAGGGAAAGAUCCGUCCGUACAUUGGAGCAGUCUUCAAGCUGGAAGAGGUGAAUGAAGCCUUCAACCACGUGCUUCAGCGCAAGUCCACUGGAAAGGUCAUCAUCUCCAUGAAGUAAAAGGGUUGUGGGGGAUUUCUUGCAUAUGGUAAACUGGAGGACCCUCAGCCGACUUUGUGCACGUCCUGCAUCAUCACAUGGCUGUAGGAGCAGUAAUUUUCACAAGGCUGUCUGGCCUUCUAAAAUCAUCAAUAAAGUUUCAUGGCACUCCA